CUCUCAUUACCGUCGGGAACCGCCGCGGCACCGCCAGGCCACAGCAGUAGUCACACGUCAGAUGCGCUUGCAACAUCAUGUGACGUCGUCCCACUUCGUUAUUAUAAAGCGCGCGCGUGUUUAUGAUGACAGGAAAAUGUGAACCGGACUCUUUGCCCGUCGUAAUACCAGUCGCGUCCGAGACGUCUUCCGCAGGAAUCCACGACAACAACAAUAACGCGUCUUCUACGGCAACACCGUCGCCCGUCACGGCCACUGUGCAUCCCUUUAGCAAGAGGGAACCCAUCGUCACCAGCUCAUCCUUGAUAUUUUCACAGUCGUCUAAUCAAAAGGAUGGUAAAAGGGCCAACAAACCACUAAUGGAGAAAAGAAGACGAGCAAGAAUAAAUCAAUCGCUAGCGCUUUUGAAAACUCUUAUUUUAGAUUCUACUAGAACAGAGAAUACUAAACAUUCAAAAUUGGAAAAAGCUGACAUAUUAGAACUUACCGUACGCCAUUUACAACGGCAAAAAGUUCUGAGCUCAGACGUCAGGGAUAAAUAUCGGGCUGGCUUCCAAGAAUGCGCUAGAGAGGUUACUAGAUUUUUGGAGUGCCCCGAACUGCAUAUGUGCAGUACUGGAACUGGAACACUUCUUUCUGCUGGUUCCGCAAUUAUAGAGCCAGCUGUAAAACAACGCCUAUUAAGACACUUAGAUACAUGUUCAUCAGAAAUUGAUUUAGAUUUUAGCAACUCCACAGUUGUUAUUCCUGAUGACAUUAUUGGUGGAGACGAAGAAUCAAAUUGUAGCACGAUCGAAAGUAAAAAUGAUCGUAUAAAAUCUGAACCUCCUAAGAAACGAGCUCGCAGUAAAUCUGUGGGUAUAGAGGAUAAGGUAAUAGAUCGUGGUGGUCUGACAGCAAGUGUUGUUGUAGCACCAACUAAUGAUCCUACACAACCCUUAUCUGUUGUACAGGUAAUUCCUUCACAACUUCCGGAUGGCCAAGUUGUAUUCCUGUUACCAAGUCACUAUGUGCAUUGCCAACAAAACCAAGGGGCUGAACCAAGGCCUUCAGGCGAUGAACCUAUUGAUUUUAGUGUAAAAAGAGAACAUGAACAUGACAGUAUGUGGAGACCAUGGUAAAUUCAAAUUCUAGAAUUAGCCAAUUAGGUGUCUUCAAGAUGUGUUUUUUUUUUCAAUCUUCUUAAAUGAAAUUUUCUUAUUUAUUUCCCCUGUCUGUGAUACAACUUAAGUAUUGGUUUUCUGUGGUGCACAUUUUUUGAGCCUUUUAUUAGAAACUUCAUUACGUAAUAAUAUUGUAAGAAUGUUAAGAUAAUUUUUCCAUUUUAGAAGGCUUAGUAAAAUAUGCUUUGAUCAAACCUUAAAAUAAUUAUUUAGAGGUUUUCACACGAUUUGAUCAGUAAUAUUAUAAUUAGUAUUAUAU